AUGUCUGAACAAAGUCGUCACGAAAGACCCAAACUACCCAAGUUCGAACCCCUUCCUCCCACGAACCCGCUCAAUAGGUUGAUCAAUUUCAUACUGGCACCGCUAUUCUAUCUUCUCUUCACCACGAUUGCGAGUAUCAUCAUAGUUCCGAUUUACGUCAUCGUUGACAACUUCAAGCACGGCCGUAACCAGCACGGUGGACAGCGUGUGCCGCCGCGAGACAACCAAAGCUAUCCCGGACAACCAGAUCAAUCGAACAAAGCGUCUGCGUUCCUGCGUUCUUUCGGCGAUAGCUAUGGCAAACCUUCUAGUCGGAAGAGGGCCGGUUGA